AUGCUGGUUACCUAUUUGGAAGCCAGACGGGACAUUUGCAUCGCACUGACAGUCUGCCGUAUUAUAGGCGCCAAACUUUCCACGGCUGGACGCGCUACUGGACCAAGUAUUGCUAUCCCAGCCUGGAGAAUAAGAAUUGAAGAACGUAUCGCAAACCCUAGGGCUCUCAUCGGCAGACUGAUAUGCUUCAGGUCAGGCAAUACCAGGCCAAGGAUUGUGCGCACCGUCAGAAUGGCGUUUGCUGGGACAAAUGUUAGUUUGUCCCAGCCGGAUAUAAUGCAAAAACUGACGGAGCGCAUAGACGACCUGAAGCAAAGAAUCGCUGCUUGGGGAAAGCGGAUUCGGCGAUAUACCGAGAGGUCGACACGGUUCAACCAGAAUCGUCUCUUCCAGAGUGAUCAGAAGAGGCUCUAUAAAUAA